UAAAGCGAGGAACAGUUAUGAACGAAAAAAUUAAUUCACUGUCCGGGAAGAUGAGGUAUUAAAGAUAAAUGUGAUUUUGUAAACGAUAAAGGGUUUCAAGAUGCUGCAACAGUAUAUGAAGGAGCUCGAACAGGGCGAAUUGAGUACUCGAACCAAUAUCAUUAUGAAAAUUCCGAUAUCGCUCUUAGAUUCGGAGAUAUUGCUAAAAAACUCGAUCAAGAGAUUACUCAAAUCUCAUUUUACCACUUCGCUACUGAAAUAAUGUUCCUGAGAUAUAUUUGAACAUAAGCGUGGUUGUUGGAGAAUUCUUACGACAAAAUAGUUGGAGCCCUUCGAUCCUGAGGAGUUUGUGGAGCGUUUAGCCUGGCGAACAGUGAAUGAUUCAGUGGUGGACGGACUGAAGGGCUCGUUUGAUCCAGUUGUGGUACACGAGACAUUUGUCCGAGCCAUCAAGGACCUUCAGGUCCUCGAGGAGCGUCAGCAGAAGAAGUGUGAGAAGCUGGAACUUGGCCUCAAGGAGGAGGACACUAGGCAUACUCUGGAGAUUAUUGAUCUGCAGGAAAAAAACAAGAAAGCAAUGGAACUAUUUCAUCAGCUAGAUGAGCGGAUCAACUUCGUUGCGACAAAGGUACUUCACCUGGGGGAUCAGCUGGAGAGUGUUAACACCCCCAGGGCUCGGGCCGUGGAGGCUCAGAAGUUGAUGAGACACUUCUCUGAAUUUUUGAGCCCUGGACCAUUGACUGAUCCCAUUUUCGCAGACAAAUCGACGUUGGACAUUGCAGCAGAUGUGAUCCAAAAACUCCACUUAAUAUCGCAAGAGCUCCCAUCUGAUAAAUUCAACGAAGCGAAGGAGAAAAUCGCCUCGAAAUACGACGAAAUCGAGCGGAGUCUGAUCGACGAAUUCGUCCGGGCCCACAACAGCAAUGAUGCAGAGCGAAUGAAGGAAUUAGCAAGUGUAUUGUCGCAUUUCAAGGGCUAUUCGGAAUGUAUAAAUGCGUUCAUUGAGCAAAGUCGAAUGGGAUCGUGCGGCUCCAAGGAUGUUUUCGUCAAUGUCAUCCCCAUGUGCCAGAAGAAUUACAAACUCAUACAGCAAGUCUUCUCAAACCCUGAACAAGUCAUGGCAAAAUUUAUCCUCAAUAUUUAUCACCUCAGACUGCAGGAUUGUGCAGUUAAAAAGCUAGCUGAUCAAACGGACUCCGACAAGUAUUUGAGUAAUUUAUAUGAUCUUUACUCCAAAACUACGAAAUUGUCCAUGGACUUGAGGCAGUUUGAUUUGGGAACUGAUGAGGCUUAUUUGACUAAAUUGACGAGAAAUAUUUUUCAAAAGCAUUUGGAUACUUAUCCAAGUAUCGAGUUAAAAGCCCUACGUGAAAAAUCUGCAGCCCUUCUGAUCGAAUACUAUGAGUCGAAAAAUCAUCAGAAGAAGCAACUUCAGACCGGUGGCUUUCAGGAGCUCCGACGUGACAUUCAAGCAGUACUGGGUACCAGGACCAACAUAAACAUUGCGCAAAUAGAGGACUACGGUGGUGAGACGUUCCUCUCGGAGGAGCUCGCCAUAGCCCUCCUCCAGAGGUCGAAGCUCGCUUGUCAGAGGUGUCAGGCUCUCUCGCAGCCAGCAGAUCUGCCUCUCAAUGCUCUCAUGAUACUGGAGAUCCUCCUCCAGCACUUGAUGAACGAGCAUGUCGACUAUGCCCUCGAGCUGGGUCUCCAGAGUGUUCCCAUUCCAGAGAGUAGAACUCCCCCUGACAUUCACUUCUUCAGGAUAGCACGGCAGUGCAACGUAAUCGUUAAACUUCUUGAGGAGCAAUUCAACGACAGUAUCGUCCCACUGGUGAUCUCUACACCGAAGCAUGGGGACUGUUUAUCCAGGCAGAAGUCGGUUUUACUGCAGAUCGAGAUGAAGCUGGACACCGGCCUGGACAGGAGCAUCAAUGCCAUUGUCGGAUGGGUCAGAAUGUACCUUCAAAGUGAGCAGAAGAAGACUGAUUUCAAACCUGAGGGGGAUGUCGACACUCUAAGCACUCCGGCUUGUUUAGCUGUGGUUCAAUAUGUCACCAGCAUGAUCAGGCAUAUAAGGGACAGUCUCGAUGGAAAGAAUUGCGAGAAUGUUCUAACGGAACUGGGAAUCAGGUUUCACAGGGUCAUUUAUGAACAUCUCCAGGGGUUCCAGUUCAACUCUGCUGGGGCCAUGUGUGCUAUCUGCGAUAUGAAUGAGUAUCGAAAAUGUGUCAAGGAGUUGGGUGUGGGAAUCGUUAGCUCAUUAUUCGAUACUCUUCAUGCUUUGUGUAAUUUAUUAUUGGUGAAACCUGCGAAUCUUAUGCAAGUGUGCACUGGGGAUCAACUGGCGAUGUUGGAUCGAGCAACUUUAGUCAGCUUCAUCCAAUUGAGGACUGAUUAUAAGACUCAGAAGCUAGCAAACUUCCUCAAGGGUCUGGCAACGACGUAAUAAAUGUCAUAUGUUGUGACAUUUUCACCCCAAGAAAACGUCACAAUUAUGUUGUGAAAGGGAAAUAACGAAUGUAAAGGAAAAACACUUUUGAAAAUAAUAAACGACUCGUUAGCAUAUUAAACGUAUUAACCUUCUUAUUUCAUUCAAUUCUGUUUUUUCCCUAUAACAGUAACUAUGGAGUGUGGUGAUGUCACCGGUACAGUUUUCAUGAGUACAAUGCCUCGAUAAAAAAAACAUUCAACUCAACGUAUUGUACCUUAAAAAUUAUUAAAUUUACUGAGUUUCAUCGUUAAAUUUUCGUUUUUUUUUAUAAAUAAAAACCUAAAUUUUACGUGUGACAUUACAGUACUAAAAUACACAGUUUCACUUGCUUGGGUCUAUCGGAGUUUUGAAACCCUCAAAAACUAAAUGAUUUAUAAUUCUUCAGGCGUUCGUUUUCAUUCGUAUUUUUAU